UAUACACGUGUGUUGUGAGGUUGGGAAUAUGGGAUUAGAUUGUGUUUACGUUCAAAAUUUCAUACAUACAUUGCAUGUUAUUUUAGAAAUGUUUCUAUUGUUAUAAGAAAAUAUAUGUUGGUACUGUAGUUAAAGAACGACAAAAUGGGUGGUGGUAUACCUGAUAGGUGGAUCCCUUAUAAUAAUGUGGGCAGCGUCAUUCCUGGGACAAGAUUCAUUGCCUUCAAAGUACCCCUCAAAGAGGCGCUGUGCAACAAUCUGCCUGAAAAGAAGUUGGCGUUCACCCCACGCAACCUUCUCGACCAGUGCCCGAACCUUUCGCUUGUGAUCGACCUGACCAACACGAUGCGUUACUAUGAUAAAAGGACGUUCCAGGAGAAGUCUGUGCUGUACGAGAAGAUCUUCUGCCCCGGUCACGUGAUCCCACCCAAGGAUAUCGUCAGAAAGUUUUUCCAAGUUGUGGACGCCUAUCUGGAGGAGCACAAAGAUGAGGAUGGUCUGAUCGGAGUCCACUGCACGCAUGGAGUCAAUCGGACGGGGUACUUCAUCUGCAAGUACAUGAUCGAGCGGUUGGGGAUGCCGCCCGAAACGGCUAUUAACGACUUCAACACGGCGCGUGGCCACAACAUCGAGCGCGAGAACUACAUCCAGGAUCUGAUGCACCCGAGGGCGGAGGCGGCGAGCGGGCGCCCUAGGAGCCGCGACCGCGGGCGGAGGGCGGACAAGCGUCGAAGGCCGGCGGGCGACGACGGCGGCGGCCAGGACGCAGAGGGCGAGGCCAAGCGCUCCCGGAGCGGCGGCGGCGACCGCGACCAAGGGCGGCGCGCCAAGAACAGGCUGCAGCUGGCCACGGACAGGAGGGACGCCAAGACGAAACUGCAGCACGACGAGCGGCGGCGGCAGCGCAGGGAACAGGGCUGGCGACCCCACAGCCCGCUCGACAGACCGCCUCAUGGCCCACCCUAUGGCCCACCCCAUGGCCCACCGGGCGGUCCGCCCUAUGGCCCACCCCAUGGCCCACCAGGUGGUCCACCCUAUGGUCCACCCCAUGGCCCACCCCAUGGACCACCAUAUGGCCCACCCCAUGGUCCACCUCAUGGUCCACCCCCAGGUGUUCCGCCCUUUGGCCCACCGCAUGGUGCACACCACGGCCUACCCUAUGGUCCACCGCGUGGUCCGCCCUUCGGCCCGCCGCGUGGACUUCCCCGUGGUCACCCACCCGGCCAGCCUGGCCGUUCUUAUGGCCCACCUCCGGGUCCCGGUUUUCAGAGAGCCCGCAGAGACGCUCUCGCUGCGGCCUCUGGCCGGCCGGGCAGCAGAGGGCGGCCGCACUCCCGGGACGGCGCCAGACCCCACGACCGGAUAGGGGGUUACGGGGGACCUUCCACCAGCGACCGCGGCCCGGGCCCGCUGGACGACUGAGAAACGGGUAGGUGGCUGACAAGUUUUAUUAAUAUUUAGCUAUAAAAAAUGAGCACUAGUGUAAUUGCUUUAGGUGAACAAAUUGUGGGAAUAUGUAGGAAGCCAAUACUGUCACCGUUGUAGACCUUUAUAUACUGCGAAAACGUGGAAUGUGCAAUUUUUCAGCGUGUUGAGGCGACAAAUCAGUAAUGUUUUUUUCGCGAUUGUGGUGGAUGAAGAAAGACGUUUUGUUUGUUAAUGUUUCUUUUUGCUACAAUUUUAUACGAUUGAUUAUAUAUUGUAAGUCUGAAAUUACGUUAUUACAAUUUCUUUAUAUGGUGAUAUUUUUCUUAAUUUAACUUACUCAUUUGGAAAAUAAAAAUAUUUGUACGAUAAGAUUAUAACGUAUUUGUGUGACGAUUAAACUGAACGAAAAUAGGGGCAUGUUUUCCAAACAACAAAA